CCAAUCGGAUCGAGUGUUGGAAUCGAAAGCAUGUUAUUUUCGUAGUAUUUUUAGGUUAUGAAUUUGUAAAUAACAAUUAUACUUCAGGUUUUCGUGGUUUUAGUAAUUUAUUGUAAGCAUAUGUCAUAAUUAAUAUUUUACCAUGUGUUCAGGAAAAAUCACAGAUGGUACCACAACUAAUAAGUAUGAAAAAUAUCUCACUCCAUUGGCAGAGACAGCGAAGAGAACUAAAGCUUUGAUUGAAAAUGGUCUGAAUAAAUCUGUAAAAAGGUUCAAGGAAGAAGUGAGCAAAGUUGGAUCUGGAGAGGGAAAGUUAAGAGCAGAGAAAAAGUUAAAUACGAUUUUGAAUGAGCUAAAACUACUAAAGACAUUGUCAGAAGAUGAAAUAAUCAGUUUUGCUUUAUCAACAGAUAAAAAUUUAAUGGCGAUUGCAUCAAAUCGGAGAGCACCGCAGGAGCAGCGGAUGAAGGCUCGAGUAGCUUCACACAAGCCACUCUCCACGUUUUUGGCACGGGUGAAGAGUGAAACAGCUGACAGUUUUGUGGAUCAGUUGGUGCCUAAGAAAUUGAAUAAGAUAUCUCUGAACAACCAAAUUAUACGUAUGAGGAAGGAUGUGAAGAGAGCAAAAGUGCACGUCAUACACAAACUGACAAGAACAAUUGCGAUGCUGCGCAAAUCUAAAGGAAAUGAACAAUUGAAGGCAAAGCAUGAGAGGAAAGCAGAGAGGUUGACUAAGAAAGUUAAACGCAUUGAUGAGUUGAGUGAAGAUGAAAUUGCCAAAUUUGCUCUCACCACUAUGGAAGAUCUCAACCGGCUUUCUACUGACAUAAAAAUACCAAUGACCACACAAGCGAUGGCAACAAUCGCCAUUCACAAGUUUGUUGCUGGCCCUGUUGAAGAGUAUAGAAAAGCAUUUCCAGAUUUACCAAAGGCAGCACCAAAUUUGUUAAAAAAGAAGAAAAGAAAAAAUAAAUUCAAAAUUGAAACUAAAGAAAGCUCCAAAGACCACAAUGAAAUCCAUAAUUUGAUAUCAGAAUCAGAUAACCGCAACAAUAAUAUUAAUGAUAGUGAAGAAUUGGAAAGUGAUGAUGAUAGAAAUAGUAAUGCUGAAGAAGAAAAUAGUAUGAAUGAUGAUGACAGUAUGAAUAGUGAAGGUAAUGAAAGUUAUCAAGAAGAUGAAGGAGACCAACCCAGUGAUAUUGAUAUGGAGGAGAAUAAUGACAUGAAAAAAAUAAAUUUCAAUCCAGAAGAUAUAGGAGACCAACAGAGUGACAUUGAUAUGGAUGAAAAUAUCUCAAGUGACAGUGAAAACAAUGGGGAACAAAUGAAUUUCGAUCAAGAAGGAGGAGACCAACACAGUGAUGUUGAUACGGAUGAGAAUAUGUCAAAUUACAGUGAAGGUGAUAAUUCCAAUGAAGAAAGUGGAAAUAGUGAGAUUGAAUCUAUUGAUGAAGCAAUACCAAAACCAAUAAAGAAAAAUAACACAAAAAAUAAAAAACCACAAAGCGUGUUAAAAUUGAACAAACAUACUUCAACAUCAAAAUUGAAUAAUGAGAAAAACAAUAUUUCCAAUGAUAAAACAAAAGUGAAUAAAAGUAAAGUUACAAAAGAAACUAUAGUGAAAGAAAAACCUAAAGUUGUUGAUCCUUUCUUUGUUACAGUUAAUAACGAGGAAUAUUUAACGAGUCAAGAACCCGUUAUUUCUGAAGGGUCAAAUAAAAAAGGAGAAAAUAACAAGUUUAACUCUGUAAAUCCAACCAAAUUUAACAGGUUUGAUAACCCAAAUAAAAGGGACUUUAGGGAAAAAAGUGAUUGGCAACAAAAUAAAACCAGUAAUCGUGAUUCCAAAUGGAACAAGAAAGAAGACGAUUGGAGGAGAAAUCAAUUCAGUAAAACGGGAACAAAUUUUAGGAACAACCGAUUUGACGAUAAAAGAAAUAAUUGGCAAACUAGUAAGUUUAAUCAGAAGAAGCCAAUAACAAAUCAUUUUGAUAAAGUACCAAACCGAUCUGAAAGGUUCCAAGGUCAAGAACCGAGAAAAGAGAGAAGGAAAACUUCAUUACAACCCUUCCAAGAACCAAAAGUGGAAAAGUUACAUCCUUCCUGGGAAGCUAAGAAAAAACAGGCUACAGUUGCAGCUUUCCAAGGAAAGAAAAUUACUUUUGACUGAUUCAGUUUUUAUUAAUGUAAAGUUUUAUUUUUACAAUAAAUGUUUUUAUUUGUUUCUACA